AUGACUUCGCCAUCUUUUCAGGAGCGCUCAAACGAGCUUGAUGCUGCUUAUUCAGCGCUCACAGAAGCUUCCUUUGAUGAAUACAAGGCCAAAACAGUCCAGUUUCUGGAUAGCUACCCCUACUGUUAUGAGUAUUGGAAGAAGCUUGCAAGUGCAGCUCUCCAGUAUCGUAACAUGGAGGAGGCCUUGCUGAUAUACCAGCAAGCCAUAGAUACCAUUCCGUAUUGCUGGCAGCUUUGGGCUGGAUAUAUAGGCUUUGCCAAGCAAUGUGGUGCCACCCCUGCCUACUCGCACGCGUUUACUCCAGAGGUUAUUAUUCAGCUCUAUCGCUUAGCUCUUGAUGAGUACGUUGGAGAGAUAUACAUGUCCACAACCCUUUGGAAAGAUUAUCUCCAAUUUUCUGUCGACCAGGUACUGGCAAGCAACGAACUCGAUCAGGAGGCUGUUACUACUAUUCUGAACACUUAUAUGUACAUAUUCACCGGGGCUGCUAAGUCCGAUUCGUCUGCACUAGGCGUUAUAUUGAGAACCUCCGCCAUAACUCUCUUAAAUCUAUAUGAAAAACACCUCAAUCUUGUAAUAAAUAAGUUUCCCUCUGUCGGGGAUUUUGGCCAGCUGCUAUCCAAGGCCAAAGGUGCUUUUAGAGAAUGCUACGACACAGAUGCAGCUGUACAACGGUUGUCCCUGUAUGCGUGCAUUGAUAAGCGAUCGUUUUAUCACCACAGCCCAUUCAAGCCAGAGCUGCUGGGUCGCUUUCGAGCACUUUACAGAGUACUCGUAGACGACUUGGCUACACCAGACAGAAGCAGUUGGACAUCUGCAGAAGUCCAAUCCGUCCUCUGUAUAUGUUGUGACUACGUUGACUUCUGGGUACUUUAUAUUAGAGCUCUUGUCCACAGCCAAGCGUAUGAAGAGGCGCUUAAUGUCUGCAACACUGCAUUGUCCAGGUGCCACACUGGGUCCUCUGGCGCUAUCUUAUCGGCACUUCACAUUGAGAAACUUCAAAUCUUGGAAUUGCAGAAGGAUAUGCCGGCAUUAGAUGAUCUUGUCGUGUGCCUGUCAAAUGACUUUUCAGGAGACCCCCUCGUUGUCUUAGCCCUGGCAAAGCACUGUUAUAGGCAACAAAAUUAUGAUAAGUGCAUUGAUAUCAUCUGCCAGUAUGUUAAUAGUAAUGCUAAUUGUGGUGAAUCCGUCACUGUAUUGCGAUCAAUUUGCCGGCUCUUAAGCGCCUCGUUCUUUGCUAAUCUCGAUAAAAAGGACCCAGAUAAAGUGAUGGAGCAGACAUUAUCUAAGUUAGACAGUAUCUAUGCAAAUAUAUUGAAGACGUCUUCUCUCCCCAGGGAUGGAGUCAAGAUGUUGGCUGUGGAGCGGAUGAUCUCGGCACAGACAGCACGUGAAGUAGGAUAUCCAUGUUAUUUCACCCGCGUAAGGGAUAUUAUUUACCGCGAUUACUCAGAAGAUCCCGAUAUCCUCGAAGCAGCUCUUUAUACUCAUAUGCAGUGGCUGCAACUCCACGGCCAACUAACCGAAAUUAUUGAAGCAGAGGCACUUUUGCUUAGAGCUGUUCCUAGCCAUCUAUAUUCUUAUGUAGAUGUCGUAGCCAAGAGCGCAUCUUGA